UUCAGAAGGACUAAUAUAUCUUACUCUAUCUAAAACCAUAUCUUCUACAGGUUUUAAUCAAAUGGAGGAUGAUCGAAAAGAGGUACAAACCAUCUUCAUAUCUGUUUUACGUCUCUUGUCUUGUGCGUUUGUUUGUUUCCCUAGAUAUUUUGUUUUAAACUAUGAAAUCAAAGAUCUGCUUGUUUCGUUGUGCUUCUGUCGGGAAUCGAACAUGGGUCUUUACACUUAAAGAAAACAAAGCUCCAAACAGUACUGAUACUGUUUUAGCGAUGACACGCGUUUGAUUGCGUCUCGGUAUCAAAAAUCGAAUUUUUUCUCGAUCAUCAACAACAGUCUCCCUAUUAAAGUCAGUUGCAUUCCAAAGCUUAGAAACAGUUCUCACGAUAUGCAUCGCCUUAAGAACUCUCCAUGGCUAUCAGUGCCACAGUUUGGUGAUUGGGACCAGAAAGGAGGAGGAACUAUUCCUGAUUACUCCAUGGAUUUCACCAAGAUUAGAGAGAUGAGGAAACAGAACAAGAGAGACCCUUCUCGAGCCAGUCUUGGCAACGAGGAUGAACUCGUCAAGCCACCCGAGUCAGCUACAGCAACCGCUAAGCUCACCACGGUCCAUAGUGAAAACCAACAUCACUUCUCUCCAGCCCACCAUCACCAACCACAUUCCCCUUCCACGAGGAGAAGCAUCUUCAGCUGCUUCAACUGCUGCGUCAAAGCUUGAAGGAUUCUUCUCUAGCAAUGGAGCUGUUUUUAUAUAUUGACUUAUGUCAUUCCAAUGUGGAAAAUGUAAUGUGAUCAUGAGACUCAUAUAUGUUUGAAACCAUUUCGAAUUUAUUACAAGAAAAAAAGAUUAGGGUA